GGUGGUGCUGUUGCGUUCUCUAGAGUUUUCUCGAAGCCUCUUGCUUCCGUAGCUCUUUCCUAUUUCCCCUUUCGCUGGGACACAAAACAAGAUCAUGGGGCACUCCAACGUAUGGAAUUCUCACCUCAAGAACUACGGCCCUGGCUCCCACACCUAUCGGGUUUGCAAGAAUCCCCAUGGGUUGAUUAGGAAGUACGGCCUCAUGUGUUGUAGGCAUUGCUUCCAUAGCAACGCCAAGGAAAUUGGCUUCAUUGAGUACCGCUGAAUGGUUUUGUCCUUCUAUUCCACAAGAGCAAAAGCUUUGGCUGAAGCAUGAUAUGAUUUGUUGUUUUAAAGUU